CCUUCGCCGACAGCUCGCACUUUUACAGCCGCAGUCGGGUCACGGGCGCAUGGCCAUGGCCUCCAUCGUCUGCCGGGUCCAGUACUUGGAGGACUCGGAUCCGUUUAUCUGCACAAACUUCCCCGAACCUCGGAGACCUCCGACGGUGAACCUGGAAGAGAACCUGCCGCUCAGCGAGCAGAUCGCCGGGAUCCACAAGCUGCUGGAGCCGCCGCUGAAGCUGGAAGACUGCACCCUCCAGCUGUCUCCCAGUGGAAACUAUCUGGACCUGGACUCUUCUCUGGCUGAGCAGCGAGACGAGCUGGAGAGCUUCUAUGAAGAUGUGGCGAAAGGAAGGAAGCCCAUCCUGAUUCUGAGGACUCAGCUCUCUGUUCGUGUUCACUCCAUCCUGGAGAAACUUUACAACUCCCAGGGUCCAGAACUCCGGCGGUCCCUCUUCUCUCUCAAACAGCUCUUCCAGGAUGAUAAAGACCUGGUUCCAGAGUUUGUGGCCUCUGACGGGCUGACGUGUUUUAUUAAAGUCGGGGCGGAGGCCGACCACAACUACCAGAACUACAUCCUGAGAGCUCUCAGUCAGAUCAUGCUGUUUGUGGACGGCAUGAACGGAGUGAUCAACCACAACGAGACGGUGCAGUGGCUGUACACGCUGACGGGAAGUUCGUCUCGCCUGGUGGUGAAAACUGCCCUGAAGCUGCUCAUCGUCUUCGUGGAGUACUCAGAGUCCAACAGUCCUCUGCUCAUCAGAGCCGUCAACACCGUGGCUGGACAGAGAGGUGUGAAGCCAUGGAGUUAUAUGAUGGAGGUCCUGGAGGAGAGGAACGGCGCCGACACGGAGCUGCUCGUGUUUGCCAUGACACUCAUCAACAAGACUCUGGCGGCGCUCCCGGACCAGGACUCGUUCUACGAUGUGACGGACAAGCUGGAGCUGCUGGGGAUGGAGGCCGUCAUCCGCAAACACAUGAACAACAAGGGGACGGAGCCAGACCUGCGGACGCAGUUCACCAUAUAUGAGAAUACUCUGAAGUACGAAGACGGUGAGGUGGAUGACUCCUCCCCCCUCCUACGUAAAGAGAGAAGAAAGUUGGCGACCGGCGAGCAGGACGGACCGAGGGGCCGCCGCCACUCGUCCAGUCAGAAUCUUCUCAACGCCCGCACCUCGCCCUCGUCUCCCUCCACCGCCCCAACCACUCCUACCCUCUUCUCGUCAUCUUCUGUCAACUCCUCAGUGUCACCAGCCGCCUUCCCCGCUGCUUCUCCCACAGUCUCCCCCGCUGCGUCUCCCACCGUCUCCCCGGUCAUCUCCUCCCCGAGCCCCACGUCAGGUCUUGGCAGCAGGGCCUCGUCCCCGCUGGCCUCCGAGCACAGCAGCUCUGCCUCCAGUCCGUCCGGAUCCCGGAGAGAAUCUCCACUGCCUCCCCACACGUCCCCCAACGGCACCGUGGACACGGAGCAGGGAACAAAAACGCCGCCAAGCCCGAGUCGCUCUUUCCUCAGCCACCACAUGUCGUCUCUGGGUCUAAGCAGGAAGUCCAGGUUCUUCUCCAAAACCAGCUCCAUCUCUGAGGAGCAUCGGGCCGACGGCAGUCCAUCCUCGCCAGAUCUCUCUCUGCGCGAGAAUUCCCAGUCGAAUCUGCAGCAGCCCGACAACAAGACGGACCCCAAAACUAAAGCGAAAGGCACCUUCCUGCGCAACCUGGCUGCCCAACAGUGGCAGAGGAAGCGAAGGACUAAAGACUUGAGCGAGAUUAAGUUGCCCUCACUUGAUGAUGCUGUGACUCCAACUUUGGAGGGGACAGCGGACGAGGGCGCAGCCGAAGUGCCGUCACGUCACGACUCAACAUCAAGCAGUUUGGAAACAAACGGACAUUCAGAUUCCCAGGAUGACCCAGCAGCGUCUGUGCAGCGACAGGGCAGCACGUUAUCCAACGACACAAAGUUCAUGCUCGACAUGCUCUACUCAAAGACGGGACCCAUGAGCCCCUCUGCACCUGCAGACACCAACGAAGAAGAGGGGAGCUUCGUGCCUGCAGGUGACGAUGUGGCUGCUCGAGGUCGUGUGACUGAGCGUCUGUCCAGCUUCAAAGCGCUCUCGGCAGAGUCCUCCACCUCCAACGAGAGCAGCGCCUCCCGCAGAGCAGAGUUGGAGAGUCUGGAAGGCUCGACGCAGGCGGCACGAGCCCGACUGGCUGAAGAACAGAAGCGUUACAUCCGGCAGCAGAGCAGCAUCGACGCCGAGGCGCACGCCGGCAGUCUGGACACCACCCAGAUGACCCCGCUAGGCCCCGGCAGCUCCAACGACGCCUGGGACCAGCUGCAGCCGAGCGCCGCCGCCCUACGCAUCAAGGACCUGGACUUCUCUGACCUGCUGGACGAGGAGGACAUCGACGUCCUGGACAUAGACACCUUCGACAGCUCCGCUUCAUCCUUCACCCUCUCUGGAAUCCCUCCCCCUCCUCCUCCCCCUCCUGGCAUGCCGGGGGCUCCUCCCCCUCCUCCUCCACCUCCUCCACCGGGAGGUCUUGCACCCCCUCCUCCUCCACCUCCUCCACCAGGAGGCCUCGCACCCCCUCCUCCUCCACCUCCACCAGGUGUCCCCCCUCCUCCUCCUUCUCUUGAGGCCUCUCAGAAGAAGAAGAAGACGGUGAAGCUGUUCUGGAAGGAGCUGAAGCAGGCAGACGGACCGAAGAAGUGUCGCUUCGGUCGGGGGACGGUGUGGGCGUCUCUGGAUAAGGUGGCGGUGGACACCGCCCGCCUCGAGCAUCUGUUUGAGUCCAAAGGCAAGGAGCUCCCUGUAGCCAAGAAAGGACCGGAGACCAAGAAGACUGAGAUUCUGGUUCUGGACUCAAAGAGGAGUAACGCCAUCAACAUCGGUAUGACCGUCCUGCCGGCGAUCCACGUCAUCAAGUCGGCCAUCCUCAGCUUCGACGAGUUCGCCAUUAGCAAAGAGGGCAUCGAGAAGAUCCUGACCAUGACCCCCACAGAGGAGGAGAAGCAGAAGAUCCAGGAGGCUCAGCUCGCCAAUCCCGACCUCCCUCUGGGCACAGCAGAGCAGUUCCUGCUCACCCUGGCCUCCAUCAACGGCCUGACCCCCCGCCUUCAGCUCUGGGCCUUCAAACUGAACUACGAGGCUCUGGAGAAAGAGAUAGCCGAACCGCUGUUUGACCUGAAGCUCGGCAUGGAGCAGCUCGCCUCCAAUCAGACCUUCAGGAGAAUCCUGGCGACGCUGCUCGCCAUCGGAAACUUCCUCAACAGCUCCAACGCUAAAGGCUUUGAGCUGAGUUACCUGGAGAAAGUGGUGGAGGUGAAGGACACGGUUCACCGUCAGUCUCUGCUGCAUCACACCUGUAACCUGGUGGUGGAAAAUUACCCAGAAUCCUCUGACGUCUACUCUGAGAUCCCCGCCAUCACCCGCUCGGCCAAAGUGGACUUUGAGCUGCUGUCAGAGAACCUGGUCCAGCUUGAGAGACGCUGCAAAGCAUCAUGGGACAACCUGAAGGUGGUGGCCAAACAUGAAACCAAAGCGGCGCUGAAGAACAAACUAACGGACUUCCUGAAGGACUGCACGCAGAGGAUCAUCAUCCUGAAGGUCGUCCACAGGAGAGUCAUCAACAGGUUCCACUCCUUCCUGCUGUUCCUGGGUCAGCCGUCGUCUUCGGUCAGAGACAUCAAGGUGACAAAUUUCUGUCGGAUCAUCGGCGAGUUCGCUCUGGAAUAUCGCACCACCAGAGAGCGAGUGCUCACCAUCAAACGGAAACGCGCAGUUCACCGAGAGCGCACCAAGACCCGAGGAAAGAUGAUCACCGAGACGGAGAAGUUUUCAGGGGCGGUGCCACGUCCGGACAGCCCGUCCCCCGUUUCUAUGGCAGCAGAGGCAGACCAAGAUCAGGAGGAGGAGCAUGAGAACAUGAAGAACCUGCUGGUCAGUCACAGCAGCACCCUGAACUGUGAUCAGAGAGGCCUGAGGCGCUCCCGAGCCGUCCGCAGUCUCGGCAGGGUGGAGCCGCCCAAGAUGUCUGUAGCCAAAGAAGACGGGACGAGCUCCCAGGACGACGCCACAGAUGAGAUCAUGGACCGACUCGUCAAGUCUGUUACCCAGAAUCCUUCCGGCAGAUCGUCCAGCCCCAAGAACCGCAAGCGGUCCCGACUGAAUAGGAAGUCACUGAGGAGGACUCUGAAGAGCGGCCUCGGUGUGGAUGUGGUUCAGGCUCUGGGACUCAACAACAAGACGGCAGGAGACAGAGUCUGAGCUGCGACUGCAGCUGAUCGAUAAAUCGGCGAACUAUUGAUUACAGAGACUGAACCCAGACCAGCUGAGCGGCUCCAGCAGACGUCGGGAGACGUGCGCUCUGCAUUUGGAGACUCUUCCACCGGCACAUCUGCCGCAGCUGUUCAGACACUUUGAUGUAGAAAUAGUUGUGAGAAGAAUUUUUUUCACGUGACAGAUUUUUACUGGUUUCCUGCAGCUUUGAAACAUUCACGAUGCUCACGAGGAAAUCUGGAUGCAGAGCUGCGGUCUUACUGAGAAAUGAGUUUAAGGUGGAUUCGUUGUCAGGUGUCCGUCCAGAACUGAAAGUGUGAGAGUCGGAUAAAUGAAAUGAGAGCAGAAGCGCAGCAAAGCCUUCGACCUCUCGAACUGCUCCCAUGUUUGUUUUUGGAGUUUUAACUUGAAUCACUGCUGACUCUGAAGCGUCACUGUCUGUGUGUCUCUUCCUGUCUGACUCUCGGCUCGAGCUCAUCGAGAUCUCAAAACAGAGUUUCUGGGUUUCGAACACGUGGCACGCUCGGGCACGCCACCCCGGCUGUUUAGAAGGCCGGGGGUUUGGUGUUUUGAAAGUUGUUUCUGGGUUUUUUGGUGAUUAGUUUAAAUUUAAACUUUUGGUAUUUUGUUACAUUUUCACUGACUUUAAGAUAACUUUGGGAAGUUUCCCCAGUUUAUAGAGUCUGUGUGUUUGCUUUAAGUCGAGCAUGGCCUCUCCGACACACGUCGCGUGUACCUGCUCAUUUUUGUUGUUCGGUCUUCUGCGUUACCGCCACCUGCUGGACUGGAGUGUUACCAUAAUCUUUAGAGCGCAUGUAAACAGACGAUCAGCGAUGUGAAGGAACCUCCUUAAAUUAUAAACUGGGAAUAAAAUUUCACAGCUGUUCUUAAUAUGAACUUUUCCUAAAUUUAGGUGUAAAAAGUAUAUAAUAAGGGAGCCACAACAGUGUGUGGUUUCUGAGCACGUCUGCAAAGGUGGAUGCAGAUUUAAUGCCAGUGAGAACAGUGAGAUGACGCGCUCGAGUCUGAACAUGACAUCAUGAGUGAAACUGGCAUGGGAGCAGUCUGAGUUUGUUUUACUGGCCACGUAUCCAAACGCCCGUCCUCAAAAAUGAAAUCGAGGGAAAUAAGUCAUCCGGCACAUAAAACAUUUUUAAUUGGUGGGCUUUACUGCUGCUGUCAGGUGAUCCAGGCUCCAGUUCUCUGCAUUUCCAGUUUUUAUGGUAAGCUAAGCUUUAUUUUUACUGUGCUGUCGUAUUUCACAGGAUGGACUCUUCUGUUAAAGGUUCGUCACACUGGAUGGCCUCAAAUUCUUUAUUUCACAGCCAAAAACUGUCAGCGCAGGAUCAGGAAGAGUCUGAGAGUUCAGCAGAAACGGCUGCGAGUUUCCUCCCUCAGAGGGUAAACUUUAAAAUUCAAUAGAAACGACAGGCUGGUGAAUAUAUUUAACUUAUUGAAGUGUGUGAAAUAUCCUCACGUUUAGCUCAUUAACUGGUCUGUUUUAACUUUAAAUCCAGAGACUGUGAGACUUUAGAAAAUAUAAUAAAAUUACAAUUUUAAACCUGUUUUCCUAUGUAAAUGAAAGUGCGUUUGAUGGAUUUGGAGGCAAAUGUACUUCAUAGAAAGCUCAGCUGACAUAAUUAUCAAACAGCAGGGUCCAUUUAGUGGCUGUUCUGAGGAUUAUCUGAGGAAUACGUUGCAAAUAAAAGGUCAGAUUCUUGUUAGAUUUAAAAUUUGUCAUCCUGAAGCUGAAUUGCACUCCGACCUGCACAGAGUUGGAGAGUUUGCUGUUGCAGCGUCACAAACAGCACAAAGGUGGUCUGUUUAAAAACUUGACAGUUGUAUAGCUUUAUUUAAAUUCAAGGUGAACGUGGGCUCAUCAGGUCAAAACACAUGGCACGGACUGGAAGGCGUGGUCUUCAAACCGAUUAAUGCUCAGUUUGGAAACUUUUAAUCACACAUGUUAAAAAAAAACUUGGAUUAAAACCUAAAAUCACUUACGUGGUACAAACAUCUGCGCGUGUGUGUGUGAGAGAGGGGGGGAGGGAGUGAUUACAGGACUAACAGUGUGCGUUCGGUCUUGGUGUUUUUUGCACUCUGAGGUGUUUUUGUGGUUGUUUCUUUCUGCGGCUGACUUCAGGUCAGUUUGUGUGAAAAGCUUCUUCACAUUUUUUUUUUUUUUUUUUUUCACAAACUGAUGACGACUUUGUUUUAACUUAAAGAGCAAGACGAACAUUUUAUAAAAAUAUUAAAUGGAUGGUUGAAUGUGUCGCUGGUAUAAUUAAUAAAG